UGGUAACGGACCCGACGAUGAAAGCAAGGAAAAUUGGGUACGAAACGAAGAAGUUAGCGUAAAAAAGAUGCCACAAAAACUCGGCAAACGACCAAAAUACUACACGCCGAAUGAAGUUAGCAUACAUAAUACGUUAAAGGACCUUUGGGUUUCCUUCCUGGGUAAAGUUUACGAUCUCACGCCACUUUGUGAGCGAAAUGCAGGUGACGUGCUACUCAAACCUAUCAUAGAAGCUGCAGGAAAAGAUAUCUCUCACUGGUUUGACAAGAAGACCAAAGAUAUCCGUACACAUGUAGACCCUGUGACCAACUGUAAGAACUUCUACACACCUAGAGGGCGGUUUAUACAUGUUCCCCCACCUUGUCCACGAACCGACUGGGCCAACGACUUUGGACGGCCUUGGUGGAAGGAUGACUCCUACAGCAUUGGGGUUCUUUCAGCAAAAACCAGGAAAAUCAGAAUUAUAAACACACUCACUUCUCAGGAGCAAACUAUUGAGGUUUGCUCUGAAGAAAUUCUCACAGAAAUCCAAGAUCGCUAUAUAAAGUACAAUGCCCAUGCCGCUAGCUAUACCUGGAAAUAUGAGGGAAGAAAUCUGGACAUGCAGAAAACACUAGAAGAAAAUGGUGUGAGUGACGAAGGUGAAGAGUUUUACAAGCUAGGGAUGAAUGAUGAUCAGUUCCUUCCUGCAAUUCAUUUGUACUUUGAUGAUGACCUGACAGAAGCAUAGAUGCAACAAUUCACAUAAUUUUAUGUACGUUGGCUCAUGCUUUGGCACAAGUCUACAUAAGUGAAACAAUUUUAGAGUUCCCAUUACGGUUUUUGUAAAGCAUGAUAUCCCGCUAAGGGAAGUAAUAGUCUGGGGGCAUGUGGUUUGGUAGGAAGAUAAUCUCCAGGCUGCCUAGUCAUGGUGUACAGACCUUCUAAGUUAACUGUAUUUGUAGAAAUAUUGUAAAUAAGUUUAAUUAAAAAAAUACAAUCUUGUUCAAA